GCGGCGGCGUCCCCUCACCCGGCUCCUCCUGCGGCGCGGCGGGCUGUGCGGACAUGGCCGCGGCGGUGGCGGUGGCGGCCGCCUCUCGGCGCCAGUCGUGCUAUCUGUGUGACCUGCCCCGCAUGCCCUGGGCCAUGAUCUGGGACUUCACGGAGCCCGUGUGCCGCGGCUGCGUCAACUACGAGGGAGCCGACCGCGUGGAGUUCGUCAUCGAGACAGCCCGCCAGCUGAAGCGUGCUCACGGCUGCUUCCCGGAGGGCCGCUCCCCGACCGGUGCACAGCCCGCAGCCGCCAAGCCACCGCCACUGUCGGCCAAGGACCUACUGCUGCAGCCGCCGCCGCAGCUGGGCCACGCGGGCGCCGAGGCCGCGCGCGCUCAGGCUAUGGAGCGCUACCCGCUGGCGCCGGAUCGUGCCCCGCGCCUGGCCUCCGACUUCAGCACGCGUGCGGGUGCAGGCCUCUCACAGUCGGCUGCGCCGCAGUCCGCGCCGGCGAACGGCAUCCUGGUGCCCAACGGGUUCUCCAAACUGGAGGAGCCGCCGGAGCUGAAUCGCCAGAGCCCGAACCCUCGGCGUGCACACGCCGUUCCGCCCACUCUGGUGCCUCUGGUCAACGGUUCUGCCGCGCUGGGGUUGAGCGGCCGUGCUGCAGCCACACUGGCCGCGGUGAGCGGAACACCGGGUCUGGGAGCUCAGCCCGCCGAGUUGGGCACCCACAAACGCCCGGCGUCUGUGUCGAGCGCGGCGGCGGAGCACGAGGCGCGCGAGCCGAGCAAGGAGAAGGCGCAGCCCGCGCACCGGAGCCCGGCCGACAGCUUAUCCAGCGCGGCCGGGGCGAGCGAGCUGAGCGCGGAGGGUGCAGGCAAAGGCCGCGCGCCCGGGGAGCAGGACUGGGCCAGCAGGCCUAAGACGGUGCGGGACACUCUCCUGGCGCUGCACCAGCACGGCCACUCGGGGCCCUUCGAGAGCAAGUUCAAGAAGGAGCCGGCUCUGACUGCAGCAGGCAGGUUGUUGGGUUUCGAGGCCAACGGGGCCAACGGGUCUAAAGCAGUUGCAAGGACAGCAAGGAAAAGGAAGCCUUCCCCAGAACCGGAAGGGGAAGUCGGGCCCCCUAAGAUCAAUGGUGAGGCACAGCCUUGGCUGUCCACUUCCACAGAAGGGCUCAAGAUCCCCAUCACCCCUACAUCCUCUUUUGUGUCUCCACCACCCCCUACUGCCUCUCCUCAUUCCAACCGGACCACACCGCCUGAAGCGGCCCAGAAUGGCCAGUCCCCAAUGGCAGCCCUGAUUUUAGUAGCAGACAAUGCCGGGGGCAGUCACGCCUCGAAAGAUGCCACCCAGGUUCACUCCACCACCAGGAGGAACAGCAGCAGCCCGCCCUCUCCCUCCUCUAUGAACCAAAGAAGGCUUGGCCCCAGAGAGGUGGGGGGCCAGGCCACCGGCAGCACCGGAGGACUGGAGCCGGUGCACCCUGCCAGCCUCCCAGACUCCUCUCUGGCAGCCAGCGCCCCCCUGUGCUGCACCCUCUGCCACGAGCGGCUGGAGGAUACUCACUUUGUGCAGUGCCCGUCUGUCCCUUCGCACAAGUUCUGUUUCCCUUGCUCCAGACAAAGCAUUAAACAGCAGGGCGCUAGCGGAGAGGUCUAUUGCCCAAGUGGGGAGAAGUGUCCUCUGGUGGGCUCCAAUGUCCCCUGGGCCUUCAUGCAAGGAGAGAUUGCUACCAUCCUCGCUGGAGAUGUGAAAGUGAAGAAGGAGAGAGACUCGUGACUUUCUGCGUUCAGAAAAGCCCAUGGUUACCCUUAACUCAAACUUGUUGAACUGUAUAUAGAUCUCCAUACAUAUAUAUAUAUAUAAAUAUAAAUAUAUAUAUCCAAGACAAGGGAAAUGUAGACUUCAUAACAUGGCUGUAUAAUUUUGAUUUUUUUUUGAAUACAUUGUGUUUCUAUAUUUUUUUGACGACAAAAGGUAUGUACUUUAAGGCAUUUUCUUCUUUUGUUAACGUUGUUAGGCUGUCUGUGUUUGACUCUUUGGGUGACAGUUGCUGUUUUAUGUAGGCUGCGACUUGGCUGCUUUUGUUUUUUUUUUGUUUUGUUUUGUUUUUUUGGUUUUUCUUUUGUUUGUUCUUAAAGAGCACUUGGCAAACAAAUGCUUCUAGCCGUAUUUGUAUGCACUUAUUUUAAAAAAGAAAAAAAAGCCAAAUACAUUUUUUUUCUGACAUUGUAAGAUUGCCUUACUGUCUGUCAUUUCUCCUCGCUGGCCUCUCUAAGGCUGGAGGCCGGUUGGUGGAGGAGAAAGGAAGUGAGUGGAAGGGGGAUACCCGUCACAAGGGCAUCCCCCGUCCCCCGGGAAAUGUCACCCACCUUUCCGAGGGAGGGAAAAUGGGGUUUGAAUCUUGUCAACGGUUCAGCUCUUGCAGUACUGGUCGUCAGAGGUGCUGCUGAAAGGUUAUUUGCAACAUUGUGUGUUCGGGGUUUGUUUUGUUUUGUUUUUUAAUCGAAGGCAAGCUAGCCGAUGUUUGCUCUGCCCACGUGACCAGUUGUAAGCGUAAGCUUUCAGUGCUGCGUGCUCCUCCUCCUUGGUGGCCCCACGGGUGGUUCCAGCUGUAGAAGUAGUAGUCAGGGUGGUGUGGAAAUCAGGUGGCAUUCCUGCCGACCAGCCUGGCUCUGCGGUGCCCCUUAAGUGUUGCAGGCCCGGGUGAACUUGUGGGAUUGGAUUCGUGUCUGUUGCGUGUUUUCUUCUGUUCUGGUGUGUUUGGUCUACGUGUUCAGUUCUUGUCUGCGUGGUGUCCCCCCUUGUGACGAGUGCUUCCUGUAGUGUGCAGGUUGACAGUCACAGCCCUGGGUGCUGCCAGGAGGACCUGUGGGCACUGUCAGUGGUGGGGCCCAGUGUGGGUAGAGAAAGCCUGCAGUUUUUCCUUAGGUGUGUCUGAAAUACUAAGAGAAUAAUACUGUUCUGGAAAAAAAUGAGAGAGAGCCUAGUGAGAAUACAUACAUGAAGGGUUUUUACAUAAGCAAGCCCCACCUCUAACUAUUUUUAGAAGCCUCUUGUAAACUAAUUUCUUUUGGUCACUAUUUUGCCUUAGUGAAGUGAUUGUUUUUAAUGUAAACAACAUCAGGUCAUUAGCUAUCAGUAGUGGUGCCCUUAGUGAUGCUGGUUUUGUGGGUUUUUUUUUUUUCUUCUUCUUUGUGCUUUUUUGGUUUAAUGUCAACAGGAACACUACCCCCUAAACCCUGACUUGAGGUGUUUGUAACUUGGCCUUGUCGGCUCAAUCAUGGCUUCUAAGUCUACUAUGGUUUGUGUGUUUUUCACAGCCUGGCUUCUAUUUUUAAUUUGAAAAUAGAGAUUAUCACCAGCUUGACAUCAUUUCUAUUACUUAGUUCUUGGUUCUUGUUUUGUUUUUAUUUUGUUUUGUUUUUACCGUUUUUGUUUUUAACCUUUUUUUUUUUUCUUUAGUAGGCAAGUUACUAACACUUGACACUGCAGCAAAUACAGUAUUUCUUGUCCGGUUUUUCUUGAGUGCACCUCGGCCUCUGUUACCAGUUCUUGUUACCAGUUGUGGUGUUACAGACGGGCUUGCAUGAUUAGACCAGUUGGUCCUAACUGUGACUCAGGUCCGACAGGUCUCUCUCUGAGGCAGAUGUACACACACACACACACACACACACACACACACACACACACAGAAAGCAGAGUCAGUUUCACCUGCCCAUAAAGACAUUUGUGAAGGGCUCAACUAUUAUGGUCUGUACUAUAAAUGUGUUUCUAAGCACUUUAUUAUAAACUGGAAUUUGGCCUCAUAGAUGUUACAACUAGAUUAGUCAUUUGACCUAAUUUGCUGUGGCUGUCUGUAAUCUCAGCACAGAUAAGGUCUCCCAAAAAAAAACCAAAAAAACAAAAAACCAAGAAUAAAGAACCAUCCUGCUGAACAGAAGUCUGUCCAGCUGCAGAAACGGCCACCUGUGGUUUUUCUCUCUCUACUAGUAGCAAGGCCAAACCUGACCUGUUUAAAAGGGGCUGUAGUUUGAGAUUAAGGGUGGACUUCAGAAGGCUUGCAGCUAAAGUGCUGUCCUGGAGUGGGGCGGGGCAGGGUGGGGGGGAGUCUUUCUCUGGCCUACUCUGAAACCAGUCACACGGGGACCUCGGUUGAUCUUUCUUGUCCUUGAUGACACUGUGGAUGUAGUCCACAGCUAGGUAGAAAUGUCAGAUUCCCAACACUGCUUCUGCUGUGACUUUGAUAUGCUCAGAAUAGUGGGGGGGAUGGGGUGGUCGGUCAGGCUUUUUUUUUUCUUUUAACAGUUUAUAGAAUUUAACAGAUAGAGUUAGUGUCUUUCAUGUGGCCUCACUCGAGUUAAUGAGAACAUACACGUGGUUUACAGCUUUUCUAUAUACCUUUCCCUGGCCACCAGGUGUUUUGAAAGUGUGCCACCUUUCAAACUUUGCUUUAUUUUUUUUUAAGUUGAAGGUGAUAAUUUUUCUAUAUAUGAUGAAACUCAAUGUCUACUGAAAUAAGUGUAAUCUGAGCUAUCAACGUUAUAUUUUAAAACCACGCUAUGGAGAUAUCACCUGCAUUCUGUCAUUUGUCAGAUUUACAGUACUUUUUUUUUUCUUUAAGCAUUAAAUAAAAAUAAAAUUGGGAGCACUGAA